UUCACGUGCCAUCUCCUCCACGAAACCUUCAAUCUCCCACUUAAUCCCUUUUUCUUUAUUAUUUCCUCUCUAAUCUCUCUCUCUACCCACAGACACUGCAGCCAUGCAUCUUCUUCUUUUCAAGCACUCAUCAUGAGUUUAUCAUACCAACCUGCAAUGGCUGCUCUACUCAAAUUUCACCCUCCUAUCCAAACAACCAGAUAUUCAUGGGUUCUUUUCCUAUUAAUUGUUGGAUUUUUGUGUAAGGAAGGUGACUGUGACACUUCUGUGAAGUUAUUCAAGACACCUGAACCAAUCUCCAACGUUCACUCCCCUACAUUUGCUUUCCAGGCUGCUUCUUGCACCAACUGUACCUCUAGGUGCAAGCUGGAUGAUCUCCUGCCUUCUGAUUGUUCAUCUGGGGAAGUCUCUUACACUAAAUUGCAAGACGGAAGCCAUAGAUUUGAAGUGUGCACCAACGGGUCUCGUAACUUCCACUGUGCUGCCUAUAACUGGACCAUUGACACUGUUUCCCCCACAGCUACCCUUACAGCAUCAACAUCUUUUACAAAUGCUUUGAAUGUUUCUGUCUAUAUAUCUUUCAGUGAACCCUGUGGCGGUGGUGGUGGUGGUGGUGGUUUUAGAUGUUUGUCUGCGAAUGACUGCAGCCUUCUAGUUUAUGGUGCUGGCCAAGUAAUUCCAACCACGCUAACGACUAUCAAGCCAAAUCUUGAAUAUUCUAUUUCGGUGAAUCUGUCUUCAGCCGUUGAGUAUGGAAGGGUGGUGUUAGUAACAGAUAAAGGGUUCUGUAGAGAUGCUGCUGGAAACCAAUUUACAAGAACAGCUAGUUCCAGUUUCCUUGUUCAUUUUGACAGAAGAAAUGUGUAUGUUGAUCUGAGGACUCAUAUACCCGAACAACUACUUCAACUCGAUAACACUGUUAGAUCGGUUCAAGCAACUAACAAAUACAAGAACUUGAAGUUGUAUUUAUAUUUCACUGAACCUAUCGUCAACACUUCAGCUGAAGUCCUGAAAUCUCUCCAAGUUAGUCAAGGAUCUCUUAUUUCAGCCACCAGCAACAAUGAUAGCCUUGGAAACCGACGAUUCGGCUUUCAGCUUGUAGAUUUAUCUGAAAUUGCCAUUGUCACCGUGAGACUAGAUUCUGGAUCGGUACUAACCAGACAAGAGACCUCGGUUUCCCCCAUCUCCCCAGUUACCUUUCUUUUUGAUUCUCAACGGCCUUAUGUGAGAUUAAGCACUUGGAGCCAUAUGAGGACACAGCAGGAUCAUAUUCCAGUGACUAUAAAGUUCACGAAACCUGUUUUCGGCUUUAAUUCAUCUCAGUUGUCUAUUUCUGGAGGAAUGAUGAAAGGAUUUCGUGAAAUAAGUAAGAGUAUCUACUCACUGGAGAUUCAACCAACUGAAGAUACGGUAUUUGUCCAUGUUCCUGAAAAUGUAACUACAGAUGUAGCGGGAAACAAAAAUCUAGCAUCAAAUACGUUAAAGUUAUUGCACUAUUCUGUACCUGCUGCAUCGUUGGUGCUUUCUUGCUCUGCGACCGCUGCUUUCGUGUUGACUGCUCUAGUUGCAACCCUGCUCACUAUUUCCACUGCUUCCCUCCAGAAUUACGGAGCAUUUGCAACAUCAUCUCUCUUGCUAACUUCGAAUCCAGCAAGGAUUAUUUUUCGAAUUGUAUGCCACAUUCAAAUCUUCGCGUUAUCUGGGUGGCUAGCCGUUCCUUUGCCUAUUGAGUAUAGUGAAUUCCUGAAGGGUCUAAGAUGGAGUAUCCCGUACUUCAGACUCCCAUGGGAAAAUGGUUAUGUUAAGCCCAUUUGGCCUAUGAAUCCACACGCAUACGGUUCUAAAACCGCUGAUCUAGGAAUUCAUAAGACAGAACUUAAAGCCACAACUCUAGACAAACCUGACUCAGUAUACGGAUUGCCACUAACCGCAAUGGAGUAUAAGUCGUUUUUUGAGAGCCAAAAUGUGAUGCCUGAGGCUGAAUAUAUCGCAGAUCCAAGUGAUUCUGACGGGUGGAGAGAUUUUAAUCGGAGCAUGUUUUGGCUGGCGGUCAUCAGCGGAGGCUUAAUUAUUCUACACAUCUUGUUCCUUCUUAUACUGAAACUUCGAAAGAAAAAAGAGAAGGAAAACACUUACACGUCGGUCAUCUUUCCAAGAUUUGAGAUCUUUCUGGUAAUUCUUGCAGUACCUUGUGUUUCUGCAGCCUCAGCAGCGCUACUCAAAGGUGGAUCAGCUUCAGGGAUUGCAGUGGGAAUUCUACUAUUAGGAAUCAUAAUUUUCCUGAUACUAGCCUUGUUUCUGUUCCUAUCUAUCGGAAUCUCAUCCGGGAAGCUACUUCAAUACAAAGAAGUUCACCAUGAAGAUCAGAAAAUGCAUUGGUAUCAAGCACUGGUGAAGGUAACUUUGGGUCCAGGAAAACGAGGCCAAUGGACAUGGAUCAACACCUCCAAUUCCAAAUGGCUAACCAUUUUAGGACCCCUUUUCGAAGAUCUAAGAGGACCACCCAAAUACAUGCUCUCGCAGAUCGCUGGAGGAUUGGAUUAUAACAUGGCAAGAGGCAGCAGUAUCAUCGCAUCAGAUGAUGAAAACGAAGAUGCAGAAGCACCCUUUGUCCAAAAGGUAUUUGGGAUCCUUAGAAUCUACUACAUUUUUCUAGAAUCGAUCAAACGGGUUACUCUAGGAAUCUUGGUGGGUACUUUUUCAAGAUCGGGAUAUACCGAAACACCCACAAAGACUUUACUAUGCGUUACAUCUUUUCAAUUGUUCUUCAUGGUUCUUAAGAAGCCAUUUAUCAAGAAAAAGGUUCAAUUGGUGGAGAUAAUCUCGGUUUCGAGUCAACUUGCGAUCUUUGCGAUCUGUCUGGUUCUCUUGAGAAAGAAUCUAGACACUCGAGAUCAGACCAAGGUCGGAAUCGCCAUGCUCUGCUUGUUCUUAUUCCCGUUCACAGUACAAAUCCUGAGCGAAUGGAACGCUUUGAUCUGUCAGAUAAAACAACUUGAUCCCGAUAACAGAUCUUUUUGUUUGGGUUUGAAAAUCGCAUCAUGGGGGAUCCUUCUGCUCUUCGUCCCGAUUAGGUUGAUGAAGAACAUCAAAAGCCGAUUCCCAUUGAAGGGGCAGAGGCGUGAGGAUACUACGGCGUCGUCGGUGUCGGUUGGAAGAUUUACAAGCUCCGAUACACCGGAACGGCCAUGGAUCAAACAACUGAGGGAUUUGGCGAAGGCCAGUUUUAGCAGAGAAGAGAGUGGGAGUGGGAGCGGCAGUGGCGGUGUAACUCGGGGCGAUCCUUCGAGUAGUGGGGCGAAAUGGAGCGGGUUUUGGAACGGGAAGAGGAGUGGGAGUUCAUCGCAGGCUGUAUCCAUGGAUUCGAAGUCGCAAUCGAAACCCAAAGGGAUGUAUAAAGAUUUUGAAGCCAUUUUUGGGACGAAGUGAGUGGAUUUCAUGCAUAUCAUUUCACAAAGUUUGAUCAAUGUGAAUUAGCUUGUAAAUAUAUUUGUUGAGUUGUAGAGAAUAAGUCAACUUUAACAAAACAUUCAGAUAAAUAAUCUUUUUAUCAUUUAAAAUA